GUGCUUUCCGACUGAAAGGAGUUUAUGGUUUGCAAGAGGUCUGUCAAACAGGUUGUGUGCUUUUGUAUCUUAUGUUUUGUUUUCACGCAGUGCAACUGUCGUCACUGUCAUUUUUAACGCUUAUUAAAACGUGACGACCUUUAUAAAACAUAAAACUUGUCGUCAUGCGGUUUUAGAUUUGAAAUGUAUCAAAUCUCUACAGAUCAGUUCAAACAAACUCAUGAGGCGCGCUCCCGUGAUGAGAAAAUCUGAUUAAGAUUUAAUCAGAAACCUUUCUAAAUUCUAAUUUAUGUUCCCUUUAAAUGUUCAACUAGCACGAAAAAUGGGAAACUUUAAUUCAGGGCUCUUGUUACAGUGUGCUUACUGAUUUCUGUAUUUUUAAGAGCUUGUAAAUGUACGUUGCACUGCUGUUAUGUGUUGCAAUAUAUUUACAUAAGUAUGGCUAUAUGUGUAACUGAGAUAUAACGCACCAAAAGAUGAUGAUCAUCAGCUAUGGCAAAUAUAGUGCUACUAAAGUUUAAUGCUCUGUAAGUGAUUUCAGAUUAGAAAUUAAUCCUUGAACGAAAGAUAUGGGGACACGAAAGGUUUUGGUGACAGGAUGCUCCUCUGGAAUUGGUUUGGCGUUGGCUGUCCGUCUCGCAAAAGAUAAAUUAAGGCGCUUCAAAGGAUGGAGCAAUAUUCUUACAGAAAGUACAUUAGAUAAUGAACAGGUAAGUGUAAUAUGAGGUACUAAUAUUUUUAAGUUUUAAGUCUUACUAUUGAUUGUGCCUGAGUUAGUUGUGGCCACUAUGAGGGACCUGGAUAAGAGAGAAGCUCUGGAGAGAGCAGCUGGAAAAUCCCUCAACAGAUCGCUGGAGAUCCGACAGCUGGAUGCCACCUGUGAGGACUCCAUCAGAGACUGUGUCAACAGCUUACCAGAUCGACAAGUGGAUGUGUUGGUGAAUAAUGCCGGUGUGGGUAUGAUUGGUCCUUUGGAGUGUCAGAAUGUAAGUGCUAUGCAGGAACUCUUCAACACUAACUUCUUUGGGCUGGUGAGACUGGUAAAGGAACUGCUUCCUGACAUGAAGCGGCGUCAGAGUGGACACAUCAUAGUGAUGGGCAGCGUCCUGGGAAUCCAGGGACUACUUUUCAAUGAUGUCUAUGCUGCCUCUAAAUUUGCUGUAGAGGGGUUUUGUGAGAGUUUUGCCGUGCAAGCUAUGAAGUUCAAUGUCAAGAUGACGUUAGUGGAGCCAGGCCCAGUUGUAACUGAGUUUGAGAAGAAAGUGUAUGAAGAGGCAGAGAAGAUGGAUCUCUCAGAGACUGACGAGGAGACCGCUCGCAUCUUCCGUCAGAUCUACCUGAAAUAUUCACAUGAAGUUUUUUACUCAGUCGGCCAGACACCUAAGGAAGUGGCAGAGAAAACUCUCCAGCUAAUUGUGUCCAAAAACCCUCCAUUUCGUCAUCAGACCAAUCGUUUGUACAGGCCACUGACUGCCAUGAAGCAUGCUGACCCUACAGGGCAUCUACCCUUAGAUGCAUUCUAUAAAAUGAUCUUCCAGCAUGACCAUAUGUUCAAUGCUAGUCUGAGUAUACUACGCAUACUUCACAGGAGAAUGGGUGCUGCCUAAAAAGCUCUCCAUUGAUUCUGAUGAGGAAAAACUUUCCAAAAGCAUUUCAGAGACAGUUUUAUGCCCCAAAAAUGGGUCAGUGCUCAAUGCAAAUAAUAAAAUGCAACAAAAACCGAUAGCAUAGCAAGAGGUUUACUAUUAGGACGGGUUGCAAUUUGAUGUCUAAUGUAAAGUCUGGAUCCUGAAGCAGUGUUCUAUCUUUAACCUCAAGACAACUGUAAUAAUCAUGAAUACAUGAAGUACAUAAUGUUUAGAUGCAAACUGCAGUGUAACAGCUCUAGUGUCCUUUUCAUGUUGUAAUGUUUUUUUUUUACCAGUCAAGGAGCUGUAUUUAGAAUUCAGAAACCCUUCUUAUUAGCGGGGGACAUUAAGUGAACGGCAGCCAUCAACUUAUAUGCUCGUGCUUGCCCUAGUGCACAUGUACAAGAGACUUAAGGCGAUUCAGUGCCCAAUAUACUCAUGAAGUUCUUUUUUAGUUCUUUGCUUAGAAGUCAAAUAAUGUUGGAAAUAAAUUGGCUACCAAACAUAGAUGUUGUUCAUGCUACUAAGAGCAUGGUUUAGAUUAAUAUGUAAAUGUGGGCUGAUAAUAUAGUUUAUGCAAACAGCAGCUCCCACAAUCAUGCUACUGCAGCUGCCGGGAUUUGCUUGUUCUGUCUCACAGGUUUUACUCUCAAAAUAAACAACAAAAUGGCAGAGGUGAGAAAGCAGAAGCUAAGAAAGUA